UGUGCCUGCGUGCCGCUUCUCUUCGUAUGGCGGCAGAUGCUUCGAUUUAUCGAGAUGUCUCGAGUAUCGACACGGUCGCUCGAUACUUCCCUGGGAAGAAGAGGUCGGAAUGUCUCAAGCGCACUGGGACAAACAAUAACAACGGUUUAUGGACUGCGUGAAAUUCUCAUCGACCGAUCGUUAUCGACGAGCCGCCAGCCGACAAGCACAUGAAUGAUGCGAACGUGUUCGUCGAAAAUGGUGUUUAAACUGCGCUUGACCCUGUUACUAAGGACGUAGGGGCAAAUGAGCAAUUACGAUUGCUCUCCCGUCUGAAGACGAAGAAUCGGACAGGUUCUUGGCCGACAACAAUGCAUCGAUUUGUCAUCGGUCUCGUCACUCGACGAUCUCGGAAUAAGGAUGUCUUACUUCACUUGAGCGAGGGAGAGAGAGAAAGAGAGAGAGACUUGUAUGGGCAAGAGAGUGCGACCUUUUUCCACUCCGAUCCUCCCCACUAUGCAGCACGAUCACAUCGGACUCACCUGCAAACCACGCCUUAGUCCUUCGCCCGGAGGUGGAGGUGGUCGUGUUUUUGGGCAGCUCGAGCCGGCCGACGCGCACAGGUAUUGUCACUCGCGCGAACGCACUCGAGUGGGCCCGUCUCGAUCGACGCGGCACAUCGAUCGGUCCCAUCCCGGGUGACAUCCACCGACCCGAGCACACACCCUCGCUGAGAACUGCGCGCGACGUGCCACCGCGACCUCCGUCUUCGAUCUUCGCCUACUUGACAGCCGAUUAAUAGCCGAGGCCGAGCACGUGCAGCCGAAAGCAAGAUGAUCACCAGGCAUCGACGAUACGAUAUCUUGCUUGUGAUGUCAUAUCUCUUCGUGCAGUUACCCGAUAAGAUCCACGGCCAUGGCAGGUUAAUGGAUCCUCCUGCGCGGAACGCGAUGUGGCGUUUCGGCUACCCGAACCCCGUUAAUUACAACGACAACGAGCUCUUCUGCGGAGGAUAUGCGGUGCAGUGGCAGCAAAAUAAAGGCAAGUGCGGACUUUGCGGCGACGCCUAUCAUUUGACGCAUCCACGUCCUCACGAAGCCGGCGGCGAGUUCGCCAAUGGAAUUAUAGUUAGGCACUACACUGUAGGCCAGGACAUUGACGUGGAGAUCGAGCUUACCGCCAAUCAUUACGGGAGGUUCGAGAUGUAUCUGUGCCCCAAUAACGAUCCAUCGCGCGAAGUGACUCAAGAGUGCUUGAACUCUUAUCCUCUGUACGUGUCCGGAACCGAGGACGUCCGUUUCGAGAUUCCGCGUCACACAGCGAAGAAAGGAAUCCUACGAUAUUCCGUGACUCUACCGCCAUACGUCACAUGUUCGCAUUGCGUUUUACAAUGGCAGUACCACACUGGAAAUAUGUGGGGCACGUGCGAGAACGGCACGGAAGCCGUUGGAUGCGGACAAGCGGAACAGUUUCGCAAUUGUGCCGACGUGAGAAUCGUGACCAGCACCGGUGGCAUACCGCCGCGUCUCUUAAUUCAGAACACUAUCUUCGAGCUGUACUCCGUAAUCCCGAGAUUCCCCAUCAACCCGCUGGCGCGACCGUUGAGAGCUCAAGUGUGCGAGUCUACCGCGGCUUACCGACACAGGCAGAACAUGAGCGACUGGUGUCAAAUAAAUUGCCUUCGUGUCCCGUCGAAUUGCCCGCCGAGUAUAUGUCACUGCCUGGAGACGUGCGACGCUAUCGGCGACAUCGCAGAGCAGCCAGGUGCGGACCAGUAUUGUCUGAGACGCUGCAUGCGCUAUCCGUCCGAUUGCCCGACCGAACGUUGCAACUGUUAUUGAAUAAUCCCUUACAAACCGCGACACUGACUUUCCGCAUCUAGCCCCCUGAAUGUGGAAUGUACUUUUAUUCCUAAAUAGAUCAAUAAAUGUCUGACUGUAGA